AUGACCCUUACCCGUCAAGACAUCGAAUUCAGCGCCUGUGAUGGAACAACUUUACGGGGCUGGUAUUACCCAACCACUGUUAAGAGCCCAUGUAUUAUCAUGACACAUGGACUUGCCGGGAUUCGUCAUUUUUUGCUUCCACCUUUCGCUGCUCGGUUCCAUGAAGCUGGAUUUGCAGUCAUGCUGUAUGACAACCGAAACUGGGGCGAUAGCGACGGCGAGCCUCGACAGGAAUCGAACCCUGCACUCCAGCAAACAGACCUCUACGAUGCAUUCAACUAUGCCGUCACGCUUCCUGGUGUUGACCCGGAGCGUAUUGCCUAUUGGGGUACAAGCUUCUCCGGUGGCAAUACCAUUUAUGCUGCCGCGAUAGACAAGCGUAUCAAAGCUGCUGUGGUACAGGCACCUGCAGUGUCCGGAGAAACGCGCUCAAUUGCGUUCAGGGACCGAAUACCUUCUCUUUUCCAGGAUCGUGCACGUAUUGCGUCAGGCGGCGAAAGAGGAAGAGUGCCUUGUAUUGCCUCUAGCCUUGCAGAAGCAAAGUCGGGUUCUGCGCCUGUUCUCUUUCCUGACCUUCACGCUUAUGAAUCCUUUGAUGGUAUUUACGACUGUGGGGGUCGCUGGGAGAACUGGGUCACCGAGCAAACGCAACUCUACAUGCUAGAGUUUGAGGCGCAAGCAAUGAUCCAUCGCGUGUCACCUACUCCACUACUUAUGGUGAUCCCAGGAAAUGAUGUUACUGUGCGAACAUCGUCUCAGCUAGAGGCUUUUGCCAAAGCCCAGGAACCAAAGCAAAUGCUGUUUCUGGAGGGCGCCGGGCAUUUUGAUAUCUACAGAGGGAAGUACUUUGAAGAGAACAUUGCGGCUCAGAUUGAAUUUCUUCGAAGACACAUCUCUUUGACUAAUUAG